GUGUAUCUACUUUGUUUGGCACAUAGUGUGUCAUUGUCCAUUGAUAACGCUAUUAAUUUUAAUAGUGAAUUAAUACUUAUAAACUAGAAGUUAUAUCAAAGAAAAUUUUAGGAUAAACAAAAAAGGAGUCCAUUUAUAAAUUGUUUACAAAAUCUAUAUUAAUUGCCCUCUAUUAUGGCACUAGCUCUUCAAAGGCGGGCAAAUGUGAGGCUACCUCCAGAGGUUAAUAGGAUAUUAUAUAUCAGAAAUUUACCAUAUAAAAUUUCAGCUGAAGAAAUGUAUGAUAUAUUCGGAAAAUAUGGAGCUAUUCGACAAAUAAGAGUUGGAAAUACUCCUGAAACCAGAGGAACCGCCUUUGUAGUAUAUGAGGAUAUAUUUGAUGCCAAAAAUGCAUGUGAUCAUUUAUCUGGAUUUAAUGUUUGCAAUCGGUAUUUAGUUGUACUUUACUACAGAUCAAAUAAAGCAUUUAAGGGUAUGGAUAUUGAAAAGAAACAAGAAGAAUUAGAUACACUGAAAAAGAAAUAUGGAAUUUCAUCCGAUGAUUUAAGGAAAUAAAAAUAUGUGUGUAAUAUGAAUUGUUCUUUAUUUAUUACUAAGAAUUCAAUAAAGUAUAAACAUAAAGAUUUUGAUCUC